AGCUCGAAAUCAAACCAAGAACAGCUCUCAUUCCUGGGCAAUGAAACCUACUAUGCAAAACAUCUGGAUAGAGUGGUGUAGUUCAUUGUAACUCGUAAGCGCCUAUAUCGUCAGUCGCAUACUUGAAGAGUCACGAUACUAACGUUCUUUGGAUAUGGAGAGUUCCGACAAGGGCGAAAAGACGUCGCCCAUUCAGUCUGAUCAGGAGCCGAUGCCAGAGAAUGUCCAAAUCAGAAGAAUGAGACCAAGAGGGACAUUGUUCGGAAAUUCCGCGUCAAGGCUAUCAGGUAUCGAUGUCGCCAGAGCGGGCAGUGGAGAAAGAGAGGGGAGCGGAAAGCUCUCAACUGCAACAGCCAUGAGAAGCAACGACGCUUCCACAGCUAUUGCUGACACGGGCACAGAGUACACAUCGGACAGGGCAACUUCGGCAGCUACAGGGACUGCUACAACUACUAUGGAAAGUGGUGUGACAACUGGAUCGUCGCGCGGAAGCGAGGGAACAUCGUAUUCUGUCACGGAAGAUGGCACAGGCAUUACGACACACACUUCUGGUUCGAUGAAAACCCGUGGAGGUCAAUCAGCAACGCUGACUACAUCUGGAUCUGCAACAACGGAUGUGGCUGCUUCCAAAAGAAAAGCCAGAAUUUCCUCAUCAAAAAUCGCGGAAGGCUUUCACGAAUCCUCAUCUUCUUCAAAGAAAAAGUACAAGCCACACGGAAAGAAAAAAUCGAAAAAGUCGUCGAAAUCGUCGAAAAAGGAAAGGUCCUCGCGCACCCUUUUCCGGAAGAAAAAACCAGCUCGUGGGAAAAAGAAGAGCCGAAAGGAAAGCCCUGAGAUUCCAAGAAUUGAGCGUGAGAUAACAGCAGAUAGUGAGAAACCAACACUUCAAGCUGAAGGCAUUCCAAGCGAACGUGCGGCUGCAGCCGGACUAGUCAAUGGACCUGUGGCAGUGGGCAAUUACGAUAACAUCGGUCUUCAAGCCAAGGAAGAUGCUGGAGUUGUUGUGGGACAAAGUGAACAUACGGCAGCUCAGCUAAGGCUAGAUUCACAAAAAGAUGGUCAUGGAGCAUUGGCUGGCUUUUCUACUGCUCUUUCGCACUCGCCACGACCCGACACGCGUGCUCGUCGUCGUUCUGCCUCACGAUCCAUUUCCCGAUUACAAAUUCCUCAGUUGUGCAAUCUCGUCACUCCCCUUUUUAUUCGUUCAUUCCAAAGUGUACGCGUUGAUCCAGACACGGAUGAAAUUCUUAUCACAACGAACGUGGUCUUACAUUCAAGUGGACUGACCGUAGAAGAAAGAAAGGCCGAGCUAGACACGUUGAUCCAAGUUCGUCCAGCUGUCGUCAACAUAAAGACGAUGGAUGACGAUGGUUUUGAAGAGGAGAGAACAACUCAGAAUGUCCUCAUAGGGAAAAGCAUGAUAGUUGUUGAAAGGAAGUCCAUUCUUUUGAGGAGUGAGCAAGACAGUGGUCUUCGCACUAAUGAUGUACGCAAGUAUGACAAAAUCUGCGAAGCUGAAAUGGGUCCCUCGUCUGCGUCAUCUUCACCUUCGAAAAAAGCUAGAGGCAUUCUCAAUAUUCUCGCAGAGAAUGGGACCUCUAUGGAAGGGGACAUCUAUCACAAGACCGAACGAAUAGUGUUCAAUAUCGGAGGUGUUGCAUUUGCAAUCAAUGAGAGCAAGGCCUUACCAGCCCGUUGCAGUCAAACGUCUUCCCAGAAAAACAACGUUCGUUUUGAUGAACGCAUUUUCGCCGACCAGAACAGCAUCACCAUUGAUCGUGAUACCGUGAUUGACGCUCAGAAUGGUGCAUUAUGGGAACUUCCUCAAACAUUCCUCGUGGAGGAGAGACGAAGUUAUGAUUACCAAUCCACUAAUUCCGAUGGAUCACUUUAUUGGACGAAUGCAGUUGCUCCGCUCAGAGAAGAUGAUACACAAAAGAGUGACAUUGCAGGAACUAAACCUGUGGAAUCGACUUAUAUCGCUCCCGAGAUGUAUCCGUUAACCCCUGCUUCACCGAAGCAAUCCUUCUACGUCAAACUGGAAGAGCCUCCUACGGAAGUAACAGAAAAAGAAGAAGUGAAGCAAGUAGAGAAACAGGAGGCUGUAACGCUGGUUACUGAGGACCAAGUAGUUCCUACAGCACAGGAACCGAGCAUAAAAGAACACGAUGAAGAAAUGAGGCACAGAAUCAGUAGGCAGGAGGAAGUUGAAACCAGGGGCGCACAGCACGAUCGGGUUGGUGGCGGCGUCAAGGAAACAAGAAUAGUGGAAACUCAUGUGAUUGAGAAGAUAAUAAGAGAGGGAGGUGAAUCAGAUCAGUCGCUAGCUGAGAUGAAGACUGCAAAAGAAGAAGAGAGAUUGCAACGCAUUCGCGAAGAGAUGAAAACAGCAAAAGAAGCAAGACAGCGAAUAAUUGGAGAGGAGAUGAAAACUGCGAAGGCAAUGAGGCAUAAAGAAGCUAUACAAGAUUGGUUUGUAGUGGAUCUGGCACCAGUACAGCUACAGUUCUGGAGUGAGGAGGUGAAGACCGAACACCCACACAUGACUCAGGAGGUUUUGCUAACACAAGAUGAAAUCGCUACUGCAAAAGAAGGACGUUCCGAAGUUAUCAAGGAAACGAAGAUUGUGGAGACUCGUGUAGUUGAGAAGAUAAUAAAGGAAGAUGGUACCGAGCGAAAGCCAGCAGUUAAAAAGCAGUUUACUCGCGAAGAAUUCAAAACCGCGAAAGAAACAGAGAAGCAGCGUUUUGUUGGAGAAGAGAUGUCUACGGCGAAGCAACUGCGACAACAGGAAGCUGUACAAGACUGGCUGGUAACAGACGUGGCUCCAGUGCAAUUACAGUGCUGGAGUGAAGAGGUCAAAUCAGAAAAGCCGUACUUAGCUCAAGAGGUAUUGAUAACACAGGAUGAGAUUUCUACAGCAAAAGAAGGGCGGUCCGAAGUUAUCAAGCAAACGACGAUCGUAGAAACUCAUGUGACAGAAAGAACCGUCAAGGAAGGUGGAGGUGAAGGAAAAUCAUCAACUGAGAAACAAGUCAUACGGGAAGAAGUAAAGACAUCAAAGGAAACGGAAAGGCAGCGUGUUAUUGCGGAAGAGAUGUCGACGGCAAAGCAACUGCGACAGCAAGAAGCUAUACAAGACUGGCUGGUGACAGACGUGGCACCUGUGCAGCUACAGUGCUGGAGUGAAGAGGUGAAAACAGAGCACCCCUACUUGACUCAAGAAAUAUUGCUGACGCAAGAUGAGCUAUCUACUGCAAAAGAACAUUCUUAUUCCGAAGUCGUCAAGAAAACUAGAACGGUCGAAACCCAUGUCAGUGAAAAAGUUAUCAAGGAAGGGGACAUAACAACGGGAAAAGAAAAGAGAAGAACUACCGAAGUGAUUGAACGAACAGUAGAAGAAGAAAAAAUUGUGAAUCAACUUAGCGACCAUCAAGAGCUGAUCCGCGAAGAGAUACUAUCACCAGCUGCACAAGAGAUUGUUACUUUAUCAGGACCUCAGAAACCUGAGCUAAUGCCUCUUGACGACGAACAAGUUAGCAACGAGUAUAUCACGUUGUCGGCGCAAAGAGAGGAGGCUUAUCAUCUGGAACCACAGCAAAUGAACUUGAUACCUGCUGAAGACGAGGAGUUGCAUGAAUCAUUCGAUGAGUUGCCCGUAGCUGCGUCAGAUCAGGUUCCACAAAUUCAACCUCAAAAGGUGGAGCUUAUUCCGAUUGAAGAUGAGCAGUUAGUAGAGACUAUGCAAAAAAUCGUACAACCCACAAGUGAAAUUGUAACCGUAAAAGAGGCGCGUACAAUUGAGUUGAUACCCUUUGAAAGCGAGGAAUUACAUGAAUCUAUCAGUGAAGUGGUUAUUGCCAGGAGUCAGGAGCAGCGCAUGAAAUUACCGCAGCAAGCAGAAAUGAUACCCGUUGAGGAUAACCUGAUCAAAGAAGCCACUGGUGAGUUUUCGCCCGCGGAAAUCGAGCAGGUUCCUAAGCAAAAACCGCAGGAGAUAGAUUUGAUCCCUAUCGAAAGCGUGGAAGUUUCGGAGCCGUUCACUCAGCUUCCUGCGGCAGAUUUGGAGCAGAUAACUCCGAAUGUUCCAUGCCAAGCAGAUCUAAUACCGAUUGAGAGUGUCGAAGUAUCGGAGUCCGUCACUGAGCUACCGUUAGCAGCAAUAGAAGAAAUACCUCGAAACCUGCCACAAGCUGUAGACUUGCUACCAAUUGAGAGCGCUGAGGUUAUCGAGUCGAUCGUUGAAAUACCUCCAGCAGAAUCCGAACAAGUGCCUAAGAAUAUUCCUCAUGAGGUGCCAACACAAGCGGCACAGGAAGUGGAAAUGAUACCAGCCGAAAGCGAAGAGGUUCGGGUAGUAGUCAAUGAACUGCCUCCUGCAGAGUCCAUCCAAGUAACUCCAGUUGAAGCUCAAAACAUUGACCUAAUACAGGUUUAUAGCCAAGAACUACGCGAAGCCAUCGAUGAGCAAGCUCCAGCUGCUUCAGUAGAGAUACCUCCUGUGAAUCCUCAAGUUGUAGAGCUUAUACCGGCUGAAAGCUUGGAAAUUCGCGAGACCGUUAAUGAACUGGCUCCGGCAGAAAUUGUAGAAUUACGACCAAUAGAAGCUCAAAAUGUGACUAUGAUUCCUAUUGAGUUCGAACAACUAGUGGACUCUAUCAACGAGUUGCCUCCAGCAGUAAGCGAGCAUGUUUCUGCGAACGAACCGCAGCAAAUUGAUCUAAUACCUAUCGAAGUUGAAGUGAUGCAUGACAUUUUGCGAGAAUACAUAGAACCAGCUUUAGAGGUGGAGAAGCCUGAAAGGUUGUACACCGAGCCAAUACCCAUUGAGGAAGAGCAGGUUCGCAGUGAAUACAGCGAAUAUGCGCCAAUUGCAUCGGAAGAGCUGCCUCAAAGAUACUUGGAAACAGCGAAACCGAUACCCAUUGAGGAAGAUGUAGUCCACGAUAGAAGCGCAACAAUUACAACACAGUCUGAGAGAGUACAGACAUCAAGAGUGGAAGAAUCCACACUGAUACCGAUAGAGGAGGAUAUGGACACAGCGAAGAAGGAAAUUAUUAAGGAAACAAGAAUUGUCGAGACGAGAAUAACAGAGCAAGUCGAGGAGAAGCCAGAACUACCAGUGGACAGCACGCAAGAAUCGGAAACGCAGUUAGUGAGGGAGGCUUUAAUGGACGAGCUGUAUGUCGACACUUUACCAACAUAUUACGUAUCAUACAGUGAACCAUUGAUGCUACAACAACAAAAUAUGGCGCAAGAUAUAGUACUAACGCAAGAGGAUCUACUCACUGCCAAAGAGUCACGGACACAUAGGGAGAUCAUUAGGGAGACGAGAAGGAUUGAGACCAUUACAGUGGAAAGGAUAAUAGAGGAUGCAGAAGCAGCUAAUGUCCGAACUGCUACAGAAGAGUCCAAAACAGCUACAGAAAGCCGCAGCGGCACCGUCAAAGAAUCCCACACGAUAGAGACACACGUAAGAGAAGAGGUGAUGAACGAAGAGCCUCACCCGGUGUCGGCUGACAUGAUCACUGCAAAACGGGAAAUCAUUCAGCCUGUGUCUGAAGUUGUUGAUGUUGAGAUGUCCACAGCAAGGGCUCGCUCACCGUUCGAGAUGUCUACUGCGAGAAGCCGUUCACCAUCUACAGCGAGAAUACGCUCACCGUUCGAGGAGAUGUCCACUGCGAAGGCAUCACGUGUGACAGAAGAGAUGUCGACUGCAAGAGCAACACCCCGCUCGCCAUUUGAAGUUUUAUCGACGGCAAAGUAUCGUUCACCAUCAUCAGCAAGAAUUCGUUCGCCAUUCGAGGACAUGUCCACUGCCAGAGCAACACGUAUAACCGACGAGAUAGACAUGUCCACUGCCAGAGCAUCACGUGCGGCCACUGAUGAGUUGUCUACAGCAAAAGGCUCAAGACGCGUUAUCAGGGAAACAAGAACAAUUGAGACACAUAUCGUCGAAAGAAUUGUUGACGGUGACCUCAAAACGGCGAAGCAGUCUACUUCAGCCAUAUCUACUGAAGGUGAAACAACGAAGACCGUGGAUAGAGCUACUUCUGUUUCUGAAAGUCAAAGCAGUUUCAAGACCGCUGAAAAGCAACCUUAUGAAGUUGAGGGUUUGAACACAGCACGACUGGAUUCGUACAGGACAGAACCCGCACUUCUUACAACAGCGAGAAAAUACUCGUCUAGAACUGGUGAAUCAAGCCAAACGGCUGGAGCUACCUCUGUUUCUGACUAUCUAAGCAGCUUGAAAACUGCUGAACAGCGUACAGCCGAAUCAGAAGGUUUGAGGACUGCGGAAAGAUUCUCCUCUUUAACUGCAGACCAAGCUAUGAGAACUGCAAGAGAAUCACUUGAGGAUGGUGCGAUUGUAUCUGGAGGAACAGAUGCGGUAGUAAAGGUCGGAGAAACCGUGGAUGUUAUAGAGAGAUACAUUCCUGCUGACGAGGUACGCACCGCUACCAUGGCUACCACUUCGAUGAGGACCCCCGGUGGCAGGAAGAAGAAGACUAUUGUGGAAAGAGAGAUCAUCGAAAGGCGCCAGAUCGAACGAAUUGAGACUGAUGAGGAAGAAGGUGAAACUGGAGAAUCGCAAAGCAAAGUAACAAGCGAGCUAACUUCGGGAUCCGCGAGGCGUACAACUCGGACUCCAGUGGAUAAGGAAGUCAUCGAAAGACGAGAAGUACGAAGAAUUGCACUUGAUGAUGAUGACCGUCAAUCCAUGCAAGCAGUAGACAGUCGGCGCCGCGAGGAACUCAUACCAUUGGCAGCAGGUCUCGAUCCGGUACCACCGUUAGGUGCAUAUACUAGUGCUGAUCGGGAAACUCAACUACGUCAGGAGGGCUACUUCGAUAACAAAAAUACGGAUCCAGGAUACUACGCUCCUACGGGUAUUCAAAUUGCUGAAGACAUGACUGAGGAACCAAAUCUUCGUACUGCCAAAGAAGCAUUUUUCACGGCCGCUGCUCCUACAGAAUAUUCGGCUAAAUCACCAACGCCAAACUUGAUCUUUGGUCCCACCGACCAGAGUGCUGACACGAAGGCUGACGACACUGCUGGUUUGGAAGCACAGGCUACACAAAUUGACCGCUAUCGUUACCGUUUUGUUAAACCAAUGGUUGUGCUGGCAGAUAUUAAUGGAAAAGUUUACCGACUAACUACGCAUUACACAAUUGAGACCGAUCGACCAAAUCUUGACUUCAAACCGUUGACUAUCAAAUUUGAUGGGCAGCUACUAUGGGAAAAAUGCGCUGAAUUAUCACAAAAGAUAGAUCUUGACUCGGUAACAAGUUGCUCUACCGGUCAUGGUACAGUCACAGAGAAAACCCCAAUACAGUCGGGUUGAAGAAGUUUGAUGGUACGAUAGAGAAUGCAGUUUUUAUUCAGCUUGCACGUACUUAUCCGAUUUCUGUGAAUAAAGUUUAUUACCGGUGCAGCGCAUAAAGUUUUGAAAAUGC